AUGUAAAAUAUAAUUAAUUAAUCAAAAAUGGGCAUAACAAAACAAUAUUUAAGAUAUGUAUCAGCUGGAAACUUAAAUAUAAUUGUUAGUUCUUCUUGUAAUAUUGUUUUUGUAACAUUACAAGAUCAGGAAGGUAGAUUUGUAGCAGUUGGUGCAUGUGAACAUGUUUUUAUAUGGGAUUUACGUCUGGGUGAAAAGGCUCAAGUGUUAUCAGGUGAUAAAUUAAAUGUAACACAUUUAGCUGCAUCUCCUAAUAAACAACAUAUAGCAGUUGGUUAUGCAGAUGGAACUAUAAAAACAUUUGAUUUAAAAACAGGAGAAAAUAGAAGUAUAUUUGUAGGUCAUAGAUCUGAAAUUACAACUUUAACUUAUGAUAGAGAAGGACAUAGAUUAGCUUCAGGUUCAAAGGAUACGGAUAUUAUUAUUUGGGAUGUUGUAGCUGAAACUGGUAUAUGUCGAUUAACUGGACAUAAAGGCGUAAUAACUAGCUUAGCAUUCAUGAAAGAUCAUAACAUCAUUAUUAGCUGUAGUAAAGAUACAUUUGUAAAAUUUUGGGAUUUAGACACUGAACAUAAUUUCAGAACUCUUGUUGGUCAUAGAACAGAAGUUUGGAGUUUAGUUUUAGUUAAAAAUGAUCAGUAUUUAAUAACUGGUUGUAAUGAUAAUGAAUUACAUAUAUGGAAAAUAUCUUUUACUAGAUACUAUGCUGUAGACCUUGAUGUUAAUUUACAUGAUAUAACGCUCACUGAUGCUGUAGUUAGUGAUAUGAAUCAUCCAUUAAGAUGUGAAAAAGUUGGAAGCAUAUUAAGAAGUAGUCAUGGACGUGUUGUGUCUCUUGAAGUUGAUUCUACUUAUAGUGUUAUUGGAUGCCAUGGUUUAGAUAACACUGUAGAAUUAUUUCAGUUAUUACCUGAUACUAAAAUAAAAGAUAACAUUCGUAAACGGUUACGAAAAGAAAAGAAGAAACUGGAAAAAAGUGAAAAGAAGUUGGAAGCAAAUUUCUCAGGAACAGCCACUAUAAAGGAUGAAAUCAUUCGUUUACCUUUUAUCAAAGUAUCUGCUAAAGUGAAAGGAUUAUGUAUAAUAAUGGGCAGAAAUGGCGAACUUAGAAUAUGUAUAGGAUUAAAUAAUAAUUCCAUUGACUUAUAUUCACUUUUCACAAAAGAGAAAGAUGCAGAAGUAAAACAUUUGAGAUCAAUAACAAAUCAUGGUCACCGCUCAGAAGUCCGUGCCGUUUGUUUCAGUUCUGAUAAUUUAGCUUUUGCAACAGCAAGUGGCGAUUCUGUUAAAUUAUGGAAUAGACCAACUUUAGCAUGUUUACGUACUGUACAGUGUGGUUAUGCUAUAACUACAACAUUUGUACCAGGAGAUAGACAUUUAAUUGUAGGUUUAAAAGAUGGUAAAAUGCUAAUUAUUGACAUUGCAUCAGGUGACAUUUUAGAGGAAAUACCUGCACAUUCUAAAGAACUUUGGAGUGUUACAUUAUUUCCUGAUAAAAAAGGAGUAGCUAGUGGUGGCGGAGAUCAAACUGUAAAAUUUUGGAAUUUUGAACUAAUUCAAGAUCCUGAUAGGGAAAUAAAAGCAAAAGUUUUAUCUGUUCUACACUUAAAAACUUUAAAAUUGGAAGAUAGUGUAUUAUGUGUAAGAAUAAGUCCUAAUAGUAGAUUCGUUGCAGUUGCACUACUUGACUCUACUGUAAAAGUCUUUUUUCUUGAUACAUUUAAGUUUUUCGUUUCUCUUUAUGGACAUAAAUUACCAGUAUUAUGUAUGGAUAUAUCAAGUGAUUCAACACUUAUUGCUACUGGUUCUGCUGAUCGAAACAUAAAAAUUUGGGGUUUGGAUUUUGGAGAUUGUCACAAAUCAAUAUUUGCUCAUGAUGAUAGUGUAACAGGGCUUUCAUUUAUACCUAAUACACACUAUAUCUUUACUUGUGGUAAAGAUGGAAAAGUAAAACAAUGGGAUGUUGAUAUUUUUCAAAAAAUUGUAACAUUACAAGGACAUGUAGGUAAAGCAUGGAAUUGUGCUGUUUCACCAAAUGGAGUUUAUGUUGUUUCUUGUGGGUCUGAUAGAAUAGUUAGAUUAUAUGAACGAACUUCAGAACCUUUAGUUCUUCAAGAUGAGGAAGAGGAAGAAAGAGAACAACAAGAAAAUGAGUUAGCUACCGGAGAGAGUACCGUUGUUCCAGGACAAAAACAACAAUCUCUACCUUCAAGAAAAACCGUAUCUAGUGAAAAAGGAGCUGAAUUAAUAUUGGAAUGUUUGAAUAUAUCUAAAGAAUAUAAUGAACAACUAUCAAAAGUAACAGCAAAUAAAAUACCUGCUAUUCCUUUGCAAAUGCAAGCUUAUAAUUGUACAAAUACAGAUGAUUAUUUGCUAGAAACAAUUAAACGAAUUAGAGGGAGCGAUUUAGAAGAGACAUUGUUAUUGUUACCAUAUUCAGCUGCUUGUGAAAUUCUUAAAGUGCUUCCCAAACUAUUACAGUUAAAUUCUCAUACAGAAUUAAUUGCGAAACUAGCAUUAUGUUUAGUGCAAGCUCAUCAUGGUCCAAUUGUAGCUACACAAGAACUUUUACCUAUCUUAGAAACUGUGACAACGCUUGCUAUUAAAAAAGUUUCGGAACUAAGGGAUAUAAUUGGAUUUAAUUUACAUGGAAUGAUGUACAUGCAACGAGUUAUUGAAGAAAAGGAAGGAAUACAGCUCUUCAGAGAUGCAACCCAAAGCAGUAAGCAUAAAAAUAAAGUCAGAAAAAAUAAAGAAAAAGCAAUAAAAAGAGCAAUUAUGUCUUUGUGA